AUGGAUAUGUAUAGACACGCUGGAGGAAUUUCUAGUGUUGAUUUUCACAACUUUGAAGUUAGAAGAAGUUCUAGAGAUCAAGGUUUUGCAAUUUGGGCUUCUAAUUUAACAUGUGAGGAAAAGGCAAUUACAAUAGUUAAAAGAUUAUACUAUUCUGAAUUCUCAAAAUACCUUUACCUUGGAAUAUUUGUAUUAAAUAUUUUGGUUCUUUUUAUUGGUUUGUUUAAAGCCCAAUCAGGAAGUAGAUUUUCUAUUUUUUUAGAAACAACUAUAACUAUAACCUUGACAUUUGAAGUAAUAAUUAAAUUAUUUUUAAUGAAAAAAAGAUUUUUCAACAAAGCAAAUAAUGUAUUUGAUUUCGUUGUUGCCUUAACCUGUCUAUCAUUAUUAUUCCUAAAUGGUGAUAUUCACCGUCUUUUUACUACAAAAAAAACAACCCAUUUGAAAAACAACCAAAUAGUAACAGAUAUAUUCGAGCAAAUUCUGACAUCAUUUAGAUUUUGUCUUCAAAUGUUAAGAGUUUUUUCUAUUGCUAGAUUGAAAGGGAAGGCCGAUACUGUCGAUAAUACCGUUAACUUUGAUGAGAUAAACUGUUUGGAAGAAUCCAUAUAUUUUUCUGAUAAAAACGUUGUAUAG